AGGCGCGGCAGCUGCUGGUGACGGUGCUGCCGCCGUCCGUGCUCCGCGCGGGCGGGGUGGUGGUGCCCGGAGGCCGCGUGGCAGAGGAGGUGGAGCUCACCGCGAAGGGGCUCGCCAGCGUCGUCGGCGAGGACCAGGCGGGCCUCAAGGAGCUGGAGAGCUUCUGCGGGGUGACCGCGCGGGAGGCGGAGCAGCGGGAGGGCGACCCGGGACGCUGCGCCUGGAGGGCACCAAGGCUCAGAUCGCCGCCGCGAGGUCGAUGGUCGAGCAGAAGGUGGUGAUGGCCCUCGGGGAGAAGAAGGCGGAGAGGAUGCAGAAGCACGUCAACAGCGAGGUCCUGGAGCGGAAGCGGAACGAGACUGGCGCGGACGCCGCCAAGGCUGGCGUCAAGGGACUGAGCGAUUUCGUCCAGAAGUGGGAGUUGAAGAACGUGAUGGCGCGGAAGCUCUCCCGGCUCGACGCGAUGCUGCAGAGGUACCUCAUCCGGCACUUCGAGCCCCAGAAGGCGAAGCCGGCCAACGCCCUGAGGGCGUACGUGGUGGCCCUUCUGAGGCACCCGCAGCGCUGGCGGCUGGAGGCGCUCUACGAGGACGGGGAGCUCGACGGCGAGGUCUGCGAGACCACGCCGGUCGGGCCCAGCGGCGCCGUGGUCGGGCGGCAGGCCAGCGCGGGGGAGGAGGUCGAGCGUGCACUCGGCCAAACGAAGGAUCCG